GAUGGGGGUUCGGAGGGGACGGAACAGGUUAGGGCUGCGCUCCCUGCCCUUCUCCAGGAAGGUCUCCUAUUUCGACGGCGAGUUCGAGAGGUUGUACCAGCGCCGGGUUCUCCCUGCCUCCGGCCCCGAAUACUGCCGGCUUAUGGAGCCCCUGCUCCGGUGCUGCACACCCCCGAGACGCCACAGCGGCAGCCGGGCCCGGGGCAGGCUCGCUCUCGCAGCUGGAGUCCUACUCUUACUCGGCUGCAUCCUGCUCUGCAGCCGCCCCGGCUCCAGAUUUCUGAGUUACUGCGGCCGGGCUUUGCUCAUUCAGUUACUGCCUUACUGGGACUGGACGUUAUAUUCCAAUACUGACUGCCUGAUCAGGAACCCUUAUUACUUUGAGAGCGGCCUUGAGUCUUUGCAGCUCUCAGACUGCAUCACUGUGUGUCAACGAUAUCCAAAAGUGGAAUUUCUGCGCAAAGUAGAUCCAAAAGUUGUUCUCCAGAAUUAUCUACGUCAGAAUCUACCUGUCAUAAUAACAGAUGGGGCAGAAGAAUGGGUUGCACAGAGAGAGUUUACUCUGCCAUUCCUAACUCAGUUAUACAGUGGUCACCCAGUUCUGCAGAGCACAGAAGUGUGCAGUUAUUGGGACUCUCUUCACUCGGUGGAGGAUACUCCUAUGGCCUUCUUUGAAAAAGUCCGUCAACAGAGGCUUAACCAGUGGGCAAUUCAGUGGAAGAAUUGCAACAAAGCAGCUGCAAAGGUAAUCCGUGCGUUUUAUCACCGACCCUACUUCCUUCCUCCGGUAGUGGAACUGGCAGAGUCCAACUGGUUGCUGAUGGCAUCGCAAGAAGAGAAUGGCGCUGUAGAGGACACAUUUGUCAAGGUGAAAGAUCAUGAUGGGGACUUGUUGAUGUGGAUCGCUCAGCUACAGGGAAUCUUUGAAGUUCAACUCUUACCCAAGGACGUAUGUGCAAGCAAAUGCACCCAUUAUACCUUGAAGCUCUCUCCUGGAGAGAUAGUUGCUAUACCACUUCAGAUGUGGGAGGUUCAGUAUCGUCCAUUUAGUUCCAUUGCCAUAGGUCUUGCUGCAACAGGUAACUGGCUUCAAGAUCCCAGGUAAUGAUGCAAGAAGUGACUCCACAAGGCCAUACAUCUUGCCUCAGGAAAUAUCAGAUUUGGACUGGCUAAGUUGGUGCCUGCAUCUCUGAGCUUGAAUCUAUAUCCUUGGAGAGACCAUCCAAUUUUAUUUGCCUUGAUAUAGCUCUGAUGUUUAGAAUGUUUAAAUCCUCAUUUUUGUGGGGUUUCUGUAAGUCCAGAAUAAUGAUAAGGUUGGCCCAUUGGAUGAUGAAGGGAUAUCUAGACUUCAAGCAGUCAUUAUGGUUGGGGCCCAAAUUAAUUCAGAAGGUAGGAAAAAUGCUACAUUGAGUUGGAUAUUUUCUUAUCCGUUUAAAAAACUGGUCCACUGGUACAAAUCAUAAUUGACAAUGAAAUAUUGAACCUCAUUCAAAGGACGUGCAGUACAAAUAAGGGAAAGCAAUGCUGCUUCAGUUAUGCACAACAUUGACAAGGCCCCACAUGGAGCAUUGCAAAGAGUUUUAAACAUCAUACCUCAGGAAGGAUACUUUGGUUUAGGAGGGGAAUUUGGCAUAAAUUCACCAGAAUAAUGCUGGGAUUUAGAGGGUUAAAUUGAAGACAAGCUGCCUUGACUUUAGAAGGUUAAGUGGUAACCUGACAAGGAUAGGGGUAGCUAUGAAGAAACCAUUCUUGACUGAGGAAUACAGAAUAAGAGUGCAUAAUCUUAAACUUGGAGGUAUCCCACUUAGGAGUAACAUCAGAAAGAACAUUUUAUACAAAGACAGUGAAAUCUGGAACUACUUAAAGGCUGUGGAUAGUGGGAUUAUUGACAUUUUCAAAACUGAGCUCAAUAUAUUUUUGUUAUGUCAGUAUAUCAAAAGGUUGAGAAAAAAUAGAGGUGAGGUACGGAUCAAGUAUGAUCUAACAAAGUAAUGGAAAACAAAGGAGCUGAAUAGCCUGAUCCUGUUCCUUUGAUUAAAUUUUUGUCAGUAUGCUUCCCUUAAGCUGUUCAUAAUUUUUCCUUCAAACUGCUUAAAAUAAGUCCUCUCCUCUUGGUAAACAUGAAAAUGUAAUAAAUCUUCCUGCUUUUAGAGUUUAAAAAAGGAGGACAGCAUGGCAGAAAUUGGUUCAUUUUUAAAUGGAGACAGAAGGCUGCUGAUCUGAGGAGGAGGGGUACUAAUCUCUAGUGGGACAACAACUCUUUCUUCCUUUGAAGACCAGAGUAUAACCCCAAGGAUGUGUACUUGAAGGAGCUGCAGUUCUGAGAAGAGAAAAAGAUCUUAACAUUUUUUCAGCAGUAGUGGAGAAGGGCUACAAAGCUCUCCAGGGGAUUGUGGUUGUGGACCACAAACGGACAUUGGGGCAGUUCUCUGUAGGCAAAUCUCCAUGUCAUGAUUGGAAAAGUAUUUCAUAUGUGAAAGGAGAAGUGACUUCAGAAAAGAAUUGGAGGUAGGGAUCUGUGAAUGUCUGCAACAGAAAUAUGGCUGCACAUCUCUUGGAAUAGGAGACUAUUGGUUUCUAAUUGAUUAGGGGCGACACAGUGGCUCAGUGGUCAGCACUGCUGCUUCUCAGCUCCAGGGACCUGGGUUUG